AAAUGGCUAUUUAAUUAGCCUCCAGCAAGCAAAGUUAAAGCUUAAAGGCCGAAGAAAGAAGCAGAAGCCAAAGCCGGCUUUUGCUUUCUUCAGUUUGCGGACGGCAUUUUCCUUCUCCAAACUCUCCACGGACUCGAGAGCUCCGUCCUGAAUUUCCAAGCGGAGUUUAUUGAAGAUUGGGAAUUGUAUUCGGGUGCAGAGUGAGGAAAUGGGAUCAGAAGGACCAAAGAGUGUUGUUGUUCAUGUGAGCGGGUUCAAGAAGUUCCAGGGGGUUGCUGAGAAUCCCACAGAGACUAUAGUUGGCAAUCUGAGGGUGUUUGUUGAGAAGAGAGGGUUGCCUGCUGGUCUUAAACUUGGCAGCUGUGAUGUUCUUGAAACAGCAGGAGACGGUGCGCGCGCUGCUCUUUACAAGGCCAUGGAAUCGGGGAUUUCGGCAACCGAUUCUAAGAGCAAUGAACAAGUCGUAUGGCUUCACUUGGGGGUAAAUAGUGGGGCUGUAAAAUUUGCUAUUGAGCAGCAAGCAGUAAAUGAAGCCACUUUCCGCUGUCCAGAUGAGUUAGGAUGGCAACCUCAGCAACUACCAAUAGUCCCUGAGGAUGGAGGAACUUCUCGAGUGAGAGAGACAUGUUGCUCGACCGAGGCAAUCCUUAAGAUAUUGAAGAAGAAGGGAUAUGAUGUGGCAACAUCAGAUGAUGCCGGGCGCUUUGUGUGCAAUUAUGUCUACUAUCAUUCCCUCCGUUUUGCAGAAGAAAAGGGCCACAAAUCUUUAUUCGUCCACGUUCCUCUCUUUUCCAGAAUCAAUGAAGAAACUCAGAUGCGCUUUGUGGCCUCCCUUUUGGAGGCGAUUGCAGCUACAUGUUAAUGUUAUUGAUCUGAAAGCUUGUUGUGUUUUUGGCCUUUUGCUGCUAAAUGUAAAUCAAUGGUGUCAAUAUCAUUAUAAUUGUGUAAUACUUGUAUGAACUUGAUUGCUGUUUGCUUAUGGUGAGGAAAAUGGGUUUCCUAUUGUCCGGGAGGUGUCGUCGUCGAUGUAAAAUAAUGUUCGUCGUCCAUGUCUUGUGACGGUUCGAAGAUUUGCUCACUUUUUUUCUACGUACUCUUUUUUUCUGAA